AAAUAAUCCGCACUGUUGUAUCGCAGAUUUUCAUAGUUCGCAAUGCCUGGGGAAACUAUAUCCGUGAAACCCAUUCAAGCUUUCGAGCUCCAUCCCACCCCAAUCCCAACUACAUCUUUCUUUACUCUCCCCUCCUCUUCUAGAAAAUUAAGCACACGAAUCCUCAGCACGCGCAAAACCCAUUCUGUUUCCGAUUUCGAUUCCGGAAGUGACAAUACAAAUACCCCAGAAUACUACAUUGACACCUCGGCCUCUUCCUCCCUCCUCAUCUGGCCCCUGAACAACUCCCAAGCCAUCAGCAUCUUCCCCGGCUCUACUUCCAUCUCUUCCAUCUCCAGCCGCCAGGCUGAAAACAAGGGCUCGAUAUCCCAGGGUCAUGCCAUGCUAGGGAGAUUUAUGUGCACUAUGGGGGGCAUUAGUACACGUGACCCUCUUACGACAAACAGAACGCCGGAUUUGUAUGUCUCGAGUGGAUUAGGUCAUGGAAUCUGGAGCGAUCCGGUAUUGGAAGAGAAGCUAAGGCUUCCAGGAGAGGGUGAGGGAGAAGCUGCGGGGUACGGUAUCAGGGGAAAGAAAGUGAAAUGGCAUGCAGCAGGGUCGAAAUGGGAGGCUAGGGUCGAUAAGAAGGAUUGCGAGAUUGAGUGGGAGGGGUGGGGGUAUCCUGAAGGUGGGAGUCUGGUAUUGACCGGACGGGGGAAUGUACUUGCAUUAUAUAAACCCAGGUGUGCAAGCUGGGUGAAGCAGGGUGGUGAGGCAAAGGGGAUGAAGUCAGAAGGAGAUGGGGUUGGGAUAGGGGUGUUGGGAAUUUGUAGUGAACGGAUUGAUGAGGAAAUGGCGAGGCAUCUGUUGCUGUCCGCUGUUGCGAUUGAAGAGCAGAUUAUGUGGUCGAAAGGCUUCAGGCCAGAGCUUUAUCAUGCGCAAUGGUCAUAGAUCCAGCAGCUGAACUCAGCGUCUAUGUCUUAGAAUAUGGAGGAGGUGGGUCGAUAUCCGAUGAAAAUUCCGGCUCGAUGGGAUCAUCCGGCGUAAGAGGGGCCCUGGGUUCGGAAGGAGCCCUUGGCUGGUGGCAAACCAUGGGCAAAAGCUGGAUCGGCCUAUUCAACACCUCAAUUUCAAACACUUUCCCUGCACACUCCACCCAUAGCAUAGCGCUCAUCUCAUAUGUCAUUGCUAGGCCGUGGCUCCGAAAUGUUGG